UGGUGUUUUUGGAAAAGUACUAGAAAGAUAUGACAACUUUUACAAUAUUUUGAUUGUUGACUGAAAGAGACUAAUAUUAAACAAAUAAUUUGAAAUCUGUGAUCAUUUAGUUGUCUCUGUUUCUUUUCAGACGGCGCCCAGGCAACAUGGGUGACUGGAGUGCCUUAGGCAAACUCCUUGACAAGGUUCAAGCCUAUUCCACAGCUGGAGGGAAGGUGUGGCUCUCAGUCCUUUUCAUUUUCCGAAUCCUGCUACUGGGAACAGCGGUUGAGUCAGCCUGGGGUGAUGAGCAGUCUGCCUUUCGCUGUAACACUCAACAACCUGGUUGUGAAAAUGUCUGCUAUGACAAGUCUUUCCCAAUCUCUCAUGUGCGCUUCUGGGUCCUGCAGAUCAUAUUUGUAUCUGUACCCACACUCUUGUACCUGGCUCAUGUGUUCUAUGUGAUGCGAAAAGAAGAGAAGCUGAACAAGAAAGAGGAGGAACUUAAAGUUGCCCAAACUGAUGGUGUCAAUGUGGACAUGCACUUGAAGCAAAUUGAAAUAAAGAAGUUUAAGUAUGGUAUUGAGGAACACGGCAAAGUGAAAAUGCGAGGGGGCUUGUUGCGAACCUACAUCAUCAGUAUCCUCUUCAAGUCUAUCUUUGAGGUCGCCUUCUUGCUGAUCCAGUGGUACAUCUAUGGGUUCAGCCUGAGUGCAGUGUACACUUGCAAAAGAGAUCCCUGCCCACAUCAAGUGGAUUGCUUCCUCUCUCGCCCCACAGAGAAAACCAUCUUCAUCAUUUUCAUGCUGGUAGUAUCCUUGGUGUCUCUUGCCUUGAACAUAAUCGAACUCUUCUACGUCUUCUUCAAGGGUGUUAAGGAUCGUGUGAAGGGAAAGAGUGAUCCUUACCACACUACUUCUGGUCCACUGAGCCCCUCCAAAGACUGUGGAUCUCCAAAAUAUGCUUAUUUCAAUGGCUGCUCCUCACCGACUGCUCCCCUCUCACCCAUGUCUCCUCCUGGGUACAAGCUGGUUACCGGAGACAGAAAUAAUUCUUCCUGCCGCAAUUACAAUAAACAAGCAAGUGAGCAAAACUGGGCUAAUUACAGUGCAGAACAAAAUCGAAUGGGGCAGGCAGGAAGCACCAUCUCUAAUUCCCAUGCACAGCCUUUUGAUUUCCCUGAUGAUAAUGAGAAUUCCAAAAAGUUAGCUGCUGGGCAUGAACUACAGCCACUAGCCACUGUGGAGCGGCCUUCCAGCAGAGCCAGCAGUCGCGCCAGCAGCCGACCUCGGCCUGACGACCUGGAGAUCUAGAUACAGGCUUGAGAGUGUCAAGAUUCCACUCAACUGUGGAGAAGGAAAAAGGUGCUGCAGAAAGUGCACCUGAGGUGUUAAUUUUGUUCCAGUAGAAGUGGUACUCAACGGCCUCAGUCAUGAGGCUUAGAAAACACAAAGACAUUAGAAUACCUGGGUUCAUUGAGGGUAUCUGGGAUAGGUGGGUGGAGAGGGAGGGGAAAAGGGAGGUACAUGUUGGAAUUUAAAGCAGUUGAUUCAAAGAACUUAAAUUCUCAAUAAAAGUUGCUUUAGGUGAUAUAUAGGCAAGGGCUUUUUCUUGUUCAUACCUCCCUAGGUUCUGUAUAUGUAGAAGAGCGGGUGAUAUCUGUGGCUAAAUAAUUUUUUUGUUUUAUCAAGUAACUGAAAUAACUUGGGCCAGGAGAAAAUGCUUCCUGAACAUCUUAUUUCUUUUCAA